CAUGGAGCAGAGGCAGUUGGGCAGCUUCUCCUUGCCUCCGAGUCUGCGGGCCAAGCUGGCGGCGGCCGGCUUCCAGACGGCCCAGGAGGUGCUCGACGUCGGGCCCUGCGAGCUCAGCAAAGAAAUUGGAGUUUCUAAACAGGAGGCAUUAGAAAUUCUGCAAGUGAUCAAAGGAGACUGUCAUGGCAAUGGAGGGGGCUCAGGAAAUACGGUCAGAAAGUACACGGCGCUUGAACUCUUGCAAGAGGAGCAAGUCCAAGGUUUCAUAGUAACCUUCUGCUCUGCGUUGGAUGAUAUCCUGGGAGGGGGUGUGCCCCUGAUGAAAGUCACAGAAAUCUGUGGAGCACCAGGUGUUGGCAAAACACAGUUAUGCAUGCAGCUGGUGGUGGAUGUGCAGUUUCCAGAGUGCUUUGGAGGGCUUGCGGGAGAAGCUGUUUUCAUAGACACUGAGGGAAGCUUUAUGGUAGACAGAGUCGUGGAUAUGGCAUCUGCUUGUGUUCAGCACUGCCGGUUGAUUGCAGAAAUGCACCCCGAAGAAGACCAUCAAGCAGCACUGGAGGCUUUUACCCUGGAAAAUAUCCUCUCUCACAUCUAUUACUUUCGUUGUCAUGACUAUGUGGAGUUGUUGGCACAGGUCUAUCUUCUCCCAGAUUUCCUCUCUGAGCAUUCCAAGGUCCGACUGGUUGUGAUCGAUGGUGUUGCCUUUCCAUUCCGCCAUGACUUUGAGGACCUCUCGCUGCGGACGCGGCUCUUGAAUGGCCUGGCCCAACAGCUGAUCACCAUCGCCAAUGACCACACGUUGGCUGUAGUUUUGACCAAUCAAAUGACAACAAGAAUUGGACAAAGACAUUCCUCUUUGAUUCCUGCCUUAGGAGAAAGCUGGGGUCAUGCAGCUACCAUCCGCAUAAUCCUGCAUUGGGAAAACAAGCAGAGGUUGGCAAUGCUGUACAAGUCACCGAGUCAAAAGGAGUCAACUGUACCAUAUUGUGUUACGCCUCAUGGAUUCAGAGAUAUUCAGCUUCCACCUCCAGACCCAGCAGAAAACAAGACAAACCCUCGUAAAAGGCCACGGGUAGAAGAAAAGUGAUUCAGAUUAAUCAUUUUAUCUUUCUGAAGAAGCUUGCACUAUGGCUGGACUUAAUGGUGCUUGAGAGACUAUUUAACUUGGACAAAAGGAGCAUAAUUUUAAUCCACAGUUUGGA